CACUGCACGUGACAGCCCACAGAGGCGUCCUGGACGGUCCCUCUGAGUAAACGCCGCCACCGUAACAGUUGCACUUACAGAGAACACAGCUGUUCGGGACAGUUGUGGUUGAAUUCGGAUUGAAAAGGACGAGCUCGGUUCAGUGUCUGGGCUGGGACAUGAUCACGAAGAGACGCGAGGGAGAGGGUCGGAGGCAGGAAGAGGACACGGCCGGCCGAGGAGGAUGACGCGGCAGAUCUACUCCAGGGGAGGAACUGAGUGGACUAUUUCGUUAGGACUUGGAAAAAGGGAAGACCAAAUACACUGAAAGAGACUGAGAGAAGAAGUGCUCAAGGGACGCUAAAAGAAAGAUUUCCUGAAUUCAGACGGACCGAUUUUGUGCGACGCCAACACAAUUCACCCAUGAUGGAUGUGCAGGUGCGGUCGCUCACCCAGCCCGUGGGCAUUGUGCGCAUGGUUGCCGUCGUCUUCGCUUGUCUGUCUUUCAGCUUGGUGGCAUCAGUGGGACAUCAGCUGCCCUCCUACUGGGCCUGGUGCAUGUUCACCUGGUGCUUCUGCUGUUUUUUCACCCUUCUCAUCCUCAUUCUGGAGUGCACCUCACUCAGCACCAAGGUGCCUUUCUCUUGGGAUGACUUCACCAUCGCCUUCGCCAUGUUGGCCACCCUCAUGUGCCUGGCCGCCUCGGUCAUCUAUCCCACCUUUUUCACCUGUAAGACCUGCUACCGCCAGAUCAGUGCCGCCGUACUGUCCUGGCUCUGUCUUGGCGCGUAUGCUGGCGAAGUGGCCUUGACUCGCCUCCGUCCGAGUGGGCAGAUCAGUGGCUUCCUCUCCACAGUACCCGGUCUCCUAAAGAUGCUGGAGGCUUUUGUGGCCUGCAUUAUCUUCACCUCGCUAAACCCAGGGAGGUACUCCAAGUUCCCGGGCCUCCAGUGGUGCGUGGCCAUUUACUCCCUUUGCUUCAUCUUUGCCAUCCUCAUCAUCAUCGUCACCACCGGAAAGCUGGUUUCAUUUUUCCCCAUCCCCUUUGACAAGCUGGUGACUGUCUAUAACAUUGUGGCAGCCAUGAUGUACUUGACAGCCAUGGUGAUCUGGCCGCUCUACAGCUUCCAGAGCAACAGCAGACCCCCUGACUGUGGCCAACCCUGUGCCUGGGAUAACCUGGUGGUGGUCACUAUAAUGUCUAUUGUCAACUUUAUUGUCUACACAGCGGACUCCGUCUACUCUGUAUUUGUGGUAUUCUUCACCCAGCAGUAAGUUUUCUUGUUAUAGCCUCUGAAAUGGACAGGAACCAAGAACAAAAUAUGUGUCGGACUCGAAACGUGGUGGCUAGACACAAAUAAGAACAUCAAAUUGUGUUUUUCUGACUAAUUCAAAACCAUUUGCAAAGCCACCUGCAUUUUCAACUGCACCUGUAGCUACUGAACUAAUAAUAUACAGUGAACUUGAAUAUAGUCUUACUCAACCGAUGCAAAUUCUGUUUACAUUUAAGAUAUUUUUGCGGUGCCUUCCAGUGUAGUAUGUUAAGUCUUGUCACAAAAAAGAAUGAAAAUUAUGGAAUCGUGGGGUCUGAAGACAGUGUGCUGAAGAAAUUGUUUAAUGAUUAAUAAUGUCACCUUUGCAGUUAAAAAAAUGGGAAGAUGGGACUUUGAAUCCUGAUACACAAAGCUGUUAAAGUUUCAUAGGCUAUGAUACUGAGCCUUCACGUUGGUGUUUAAUAUAGUUUUAUCUGUAUGUUUUAUCUCUAUGUGACUGCUGGAAUGAAUAAAGGCAGACAGUGGCGGGA